AUGGCGGCAUGCACCGUUGUAGUAACGGACUACACAGGAGGCCGGCAGGGCUCUGGCAAAGAUAAUCUGGUUCUCGAUGACGUCAAUAUAGCGAUGACAGUUGGCGAGCUGAAGCAGAAGAUCGUGGAGCAGAGGGGGGGGCUCGACGCCUCUCGCGUCCUCCUGUACAUGGGGAAAAUUUUAAUGGAAGACCACAAGAAUGUUUCGACUUAUAACAGAUCCAAGAGAGCGAAGCUGCAGCUGGAGCUGUAUGAUCUUCUUGAAAUACAAGUAAAGAUAAAGACCUUGCAACAUUUCGGCUCUGGCGGAUGUGUCAUGGUGCCAUUGUGGGCCAUUUGCUGCCGGCAAACGUUUGUUGUCGAGGUCCCAGACCAUGAGACGGUUGGCUAUUUGAGGAGGCGGGUAUGCGAGGAACUCGCGGAUCCUGAAAAGUACCCCCUCGAAAAUAUCAAGAUAGCUUUUCGACGGAAGAUGUUGAUGGACGAUUUGGAAGACCUUCGAAGCCUUGGUAUCAAAGAAGGGAGCACCGUAACCCUUUUCGUGAAACUUUGCUACUUCAACAAGAGAAAGGCUGCGGAAGACGCAGCGAAGAUGCACGGUGCUGCUAGGGAGCAGGCAGCUCAGGGCCAGGAGGAAGAGGCAGCGGAGGGUCACGAGGAGGAGGUGGCAGCUGAGGGAAAGGAGGAGAGAGACGGUGAGAAGGCAGCAGCCGAGGGGGGAGUGCCCGAGGAGGAAGCUCAUGGCGAAGAAGCCGGUGGAGAGGCAUAA